UAUCUCUGCACCAAUCCUUUUGUCCUGGAGUGGAAGUUGACUAUGUCCUAGAGACCCACUCGAGAGGGUCAAGUGGAUCAGAUAACUGAGAUAAGUUAUAAGUGCAACGGAGAGAGGGAUAGACGAUGAAACUUACGGUAUUAUAUAAAAACACCCCUUGUAGGCUAACAUGCAUAUGCAGGGUUUGAUGAUGUUUUAGUGGGAGGGAGUGUAACGUUGUUGGGCGAUGUUUGGUCAAAGCAGAGUCAUGAGAACAGAAAGGAAGCCUUAAAAAUAGGGUGCUGUGGAAAUUUAAGGGCUCUCCGGGUCCUUCUCGCGUUGAAUACACGUUCUCAUGCAACCAAGAAAAUAAUAAGGAACUUGGUCAACCUCUGCAUGCAAUGCAAAUUAUUCCUUCCCUCCUAAAACCAACCCUUUUUUCCAUCUCCUAUUCUUGGCUCUCCUUUUCUAAAAUCCAAUGCAAUCAAAACUUUUCCAUCCUCCCAACCCUUUAUUCUCAUUUUCACUAGCACCCUUUCCCCCCCUUGCGAGGCAGUCUCUUCUUUAGGGCGUGCAUGCCGCCCCUAGUGCCUAUAGCCCUUCACUAUGGCACUAAGUGGUUGGCAUUGUUGGACAAUACUAUUCAUCUACCUAUCGUCACAUUUCACUGUUGUUCCUUCUUUUGGAGCUUCUGACUCUGAAUUGCUCCUUCAAGUCAAGGAGAACUUGCAAACCCACAACGAUGAAUUGUCCUCGUGGAACGCUUCGAUUCCUCCUUGUUCUGGUGCUCGUUCCAAUUGGCGCGGGGUUCUCUGCCACGAAGGAAAAGUGUGGGGCGUGAAGCUUGAGAACAUGGGCCUCAAAGGGGUCAUUGAUGUGGACUCUCUCAAAGGCUUGCCUUAUCUUAGAACGUUGAGUUUCAUGAACAAUGAUUUCGAGGGUGCAUGGCCUGAAAUUGACCACCUCAUUGGUCUAAAGUCUAUUUAUCUUUCCAACAACAAGUUUUCUGGGGAGAUUCCUUUUAGAACUUUUGAAGGGUUGAAGUGGUUGAAGAAGGUUCAUUUGUCCAACAACCAUUUCACCGGUGCUGUUCCAACUUCGCUCGUAUUGUUGCCGAGGCUCAUAGAGUUGAGGUUGGAGGGAAACAAAUUCAAUGGUCCCAUUCCACGUUUUACUCGCCAUAACAAAUUGAAAUCAUUUAGCGUUGCUAACAAUGAGUUGAGUGGCGAAAUUCCUGCCUCCCUUAGAAGGAUGCCAGUUUCUUCCUUUUCUGGUAAUGAAAGGUUAUGUGGAGGCCCGUUGGGAGCAUGUAAUUCGAAGCCCUCGACUUUGAGCAUUGUUGUGGCUGUGGUGGUUGUUUGUGUGGCAGUGAUUAUGAUUGCAGCAGUAGUAUUAUUCAUCCUUCACAGAAGAAGAAAUCAAGGGUCAGCAACGUCCGUGGAGAAUCCACCCUCUGGGUGUAACAAAGGACGUUUGAGGGAAGUGGGUAGUGAAAGUAUGAGGUCAACAAGAUCAAUAAGCUCCAACCACAGCAGAAGAGGGGACCACACGAAGCUAUCUUUUCUGAGAGAUGAUAGGCAGAGGUUUGAUUUGCAUGAGUUGCUGAGAGCCUCUGCAGAGAUUUUGGGCAGUGGCUGUUUUAGCUCUUCUUACAAGGCUGCUUUGUUGAAUGGCCCAACAAUAGUGGUGAAGAGGUUCAAGCAGAUGAACAAUGUGGGGAAGGAAGAGUUUCAAGAGCACAUGAGAAGGCUAGGGAGGUUGAGCCAUCCUAACUUGCUUCCUCCUCUGGCUUACUAUUAUAGAAAGGAGGAGAAGCUCGUCGUCACUGACUAUGUUCAGAAUGGCAGCCUAGCUGUUCGCCUUCACGGACACCAAUCCAUUGGAGAACCAAGCCUUGAUUGGCCAAUCCGGUUGAAGAUAGUGAAAGGCAUAGCAAAAGGUCUUGAAUAUCUAUACAAGGACAUGCCAAGCCUAAUUGCACCCCAUGGAAAUCUCAAGUCCUCUAAUGUUCUCUUGACUGAAUCAUUCGAGCCACUCCUCACAGACUAUGGCUUAGUCCCAGUGAUAAACCAGGAUCUGGCUCAGGACAUCAUGGUGAUAUACAAGUCUCCUGAGUACUUGCAACAAGGAAGAAUUACAAAGAAGACUGAUGUGUGGUGCCUUGGAAUACUAAUUCUUGAGAUUCUAACUGGGAAGUUCCCUGCUAACUUCUUGCAACAAGGUAAAGGGAGUGAGGUGAGUUUGGCAAGUUGGAUUCAUUCAGUUGUCCCAGAAGAGUGGACAAGUGCUGUGUUUGAUCAAGAAAUGGGGGCAACAAAGAACAGUGAGGGAGAGAUGGGGAAGCUUCUCAAGAUUGCCUUGAAUUGUUGUGAAGGGGAUGUGGAUAAGAGGUGGGAUUUGAAAGAAGCAGUUGAGAAAAUCCAGGAGGUCAAGCAGAGGGAUCAUGAUCAAGAGAAUUUUUUUACUUCUUAUGCUAGUGAAGCAGACAUGAAGUCUUCAACUUGAAUAUUGUAUGAUUGCUGAGACUACGUACCUUAAUUAGUUAUUGAUUCCUAGAUUUUCUGUCCCUUUGAAAAGAAUGCCACAUGACAUGAACGGGAGAUGGAAUAUCUGGGACUUUUUUCUUUCUGCUAUGGUCUUUCAUGAUGUAAUAGCCAUGCAUAAUGCAGGAAAGAAAAAAAUAAUAGAGAAGGGUAUUAUAAUAUGGGCUUGAAGUUAAAGUUGAAUGAGUAAUAUGAUAGGGUUUUGCUGGAUUUGUAUAACCAGCGUCUAUCCGAUAAACAGGAUUGUAUACAACUAUAGACGUGGUUAAUAUUAACCAUUUUUUAGAUAAAUAAAGUU